AUGGAGGCAUUGUUUGCUGGAUGCCCGACUCAGUACUGCUUCGUCUGCUUCUCCCCGGCGAGGGAGCCCCUGUUUGAGUUUGGCGAUCACGACUUUACCGGCAACCCUGAGGAAUGGGUUCCAAUACCUAUUCCUCUUUCGGUCUUGUUCCAACGCUAUGCCAAGUGGCUUGCCAUUUCCGCCCACGAGACUAACCUCCGUUCUGGGACGCCAGCGUCCAACGCCAGCGCAAACGCUGGGGCCGCGGCUAGUGUCGACGCCGUUGCGCGCCCAUGUCAACCCGUCCCUGAUGCUGCGCUGCAGCCGAAAGGAGCAAUUGAUCCCCGUCAGUCGUCCAAUGACCGUCAUCGCAGCAGUCCGAGUCUGCCCAUUGAGCAGCACUAG